AUGGAUAGUCGAGGAGCACAGCGUGGAGGCGAGGCAGAUGCCGCUAAUGUUGCUGAGCGUCAGCGCAAGGAGCAGCAGAUCGAUGAAUCUACAAGUGAUGACAUGGCUGAGCAUGCCGGAAUAGGGAAAGUGCAAGACUUCCCUAUCAACGACUACAGCUUCGAAAAUGCGCAGAACAAGGUCGGUUCUGAUCAGGGCUCGUUUCAAAAUGAGGGCGAUGAUGAAGAACCGCCGGAGCCCAAGUCCUUCCAGCGCUCUUCGAGUCCCGGUGUCAUGCAGCGUAACAAGAAUGCUGCAUACGAGAAAGUCGGAGAGGACGGGGUCAACAACAUGCACCGAUUUACACUUUAUGAAACGAGCACGAGGUUCUACCUUGUUGGACAGGAUAUGAUGGAAAAGCAGUUUCGAAUAUUAAAGAUUGAUCGGACCGCGCCUCCGGGACAUUUGAAUAUCUUUGAGGACGACAUCGUCUAUGACAGACGCGAGAUUAACCAGCUACUCAAUGCUAUUGAGGAAGGGAAUCGCAAUGCUGGUGGAAUGAAAUUGAAGCUUAGUACGUGGGGAUUGCUCGGCUUCAUCCGCUUCACAGAGGCAUACUACAUGCUCCUCAUCACGAAACGAACGCAUGUCGCCAUGGUUGGCGGCCAUUACAUAUAUCAGAUUGAGGCAACAGACAUGAUCCCUCUGACCACUGGCUCUACUUCAAGGUUUCAACAAAAUCGCAAUGCUGAGGAGGCCCGAUACCUCAGCAUCCUUGGAACUCUUGACCUGACGAAGUAUUUCUAUUUCUCCUAUUCGUACAACAUAACCCGCACACUUCAGUGGAACAUAAUAAAUGAGCGAAACGCAAUCAAUGAAGGCAGACGACGGGGUCGGACGAAUUACAACGAUAUGUUUGUGUGGAACCACUAUCUCCUUCAGCCGGCUACCAAGGUACUCCGCAACGUCUACGAUUGGUGCGUUCCAAUCAUCCACGGCUACAUCGAACAGGCGUCGCUUGACGUGUUUGGUCGAAGAGUUUAUAUGAGUGUGAUUGCCAGAAGAUCACGCUUCUUUGCGGGAGCACGUUUCCUAAAACGCGGAUCUAACGACGUGGGUUUCGUUGCGAAUGACGUAGAGACUGAGCAAAUCGUCUCCACGAAACUAACAACCUCCUUCCACGCUCCGGGUCCUGGUCUCUACACCAGUCCGAACUAUACAUCGUACGUCCAGCAUCGUGGCAGCAUCCCCUUGUACUGGUCACAGGACAAUACUGGCGUCACACCGAAACCUGAUAUCGACAUCAACCUGAUUGAUCCGUUUUACACGCCCGCCGCAUUGCAUUUUAACAAUCUCUUUGAGCGAUACGGGUCACCGAUUUUCGUGCUCAACUUGAUCAAGCAGCGCGAGAGAACUCCAAGAGAGUCCAAGUUGGGCGUAGAGUUCCAAAGGGCGGUGGAUUUUCUUAAUCAGUCAUUGCCUAGCGAGCACAAGAUACGGUACAAAGCGUUUGACAUGAGUCGAGCGGCAAAGACGCGUGGACAAGAUGUUAUUGGUACUCUUGAGAGCAUUGCUGAGACGAUCCUGCAAACAACAGGCUUUUUCCACAACGGCCCUCCGGAUAGCGAAUAUACGAGUGUGCAAAAUGGUGUCGCCCGUACGAACUGCAUUGAUUGCCUUGACAGAACCAACGCGGCCCAGUUCGUGAUUGGCAAGCGAGCUCUCGGACGGCAGCUUCAAGCUCUUGGUAUCAUAAAAGGAAACACUGUCGAGUACGACACCGACGCAGUCAAUAUUUUUACACACAUGUUUCAUGCACAUGGCGACACGAUUGCAAUCCAAUAUGGCGGAUCGCACCUCGUAAACACCAUGUCCACGUAUCGCAAAAUCAAUGAAUGGAAGAGUCAGUCACGUGAUAUGGUGGAGAGCUUCAAACGCUAUUACCACAACUCCUUCCUCGACUCUCAGAGACAGGAGGCGUACAAUUUGUUCUUGGGCAAUUAUAUAUUUGCGCAAGGCCAGCCUAUGCUGUGGGAUCUGGCUACCGAUUACUAUUUGCACCAUACUGACCCCCGCGACUGGAAAAGAGAUGCGAAACGUGACUACAUACAUUGGUACCAGCCCGAGAAUCUGAAACCAAGAGUUCUGCCGCCGGUUAUUGGUCCACCACCAGAUUUGCGCGACAAAGGCGUCAGUUAUUUCGAUGAUUACUGGCUUGAAUAUUACCGGCCCCUUGCGAUCUCAUCGUUUGCGAAAAUGUUUGCGUGGAAAAUCGGCUCUCGUCCACGAUACUUGCCUGAUGGCAGCUUUCAAACUGGAACCUGGGAUCCGUCCCCCUUUACGCCUCGUAAACCGCCUCAGCAGGAGCCUCCGGACUCGCCUGGAAAGAAAGUCAGAAAAGGAGUCACCAUACUCGAUCCCCAGAGUGACGACAACGUUUUCUACCAUAAAGAUUCUCCUGCAAAGCAAUCCCUCCAAGCCAACGGGCUGUCCGAGAAAGGUAUACAUCCUUCGGCAGAACCACCUGACAAGAACAGAAUCAAUCAAUGGACUCUUAAUCAACAUCAUCAUUACUCCUUGAAUCCGUUUAUCACGGCAGCGGAGGAAAAAGAAUACGAAGAAUAUGUUUCGCACCCUCAGAACAUACCCCUAGUCACAUCGCUUGAAGAACCUGACGUCAACUCUCAAAGCCAGGCGCAUCGCACGUACCUGAAUUACAUUAAUUCUGCUGCAAAUAUCACAUCAUCUCGAGUUCAUACAGCCCAUUCCCUCUCCCUUGAUGGAACAACUGGUACCGGUGUCAUAUCAAUUGCUGAUCAUCUCCAUAAGAGCACUAUUAGUCUCGAUGGCACAUCAUCUAUCGUACCACCUGAGCUUGAGAUUGGCAUCAGCGAGGAAGAUCUGGCCGAUUAUGCGGAGUUCUUGACGGUGAGCGAGAAUCCACUGGACGUGACUGAGGAAGACGGUGGGAAGAAACGGUACAAGGCUUAUCGUCAAUGGCUACGGGGCAAGAGCCUGUUCAAGCAAAGCAAGGUCGAUCCGGAGGCAAGAGCAUAG